AUGUACUUGCGGAGGCAUAUAAAAGACCUACAGUGCAGUGGUAAGGCAUUCAGUAGCUCUCGAGCAGUCUACAAGAAGUGCACGAUGAGAUUUCUGCUUGCUUUCGUCGCCCUCAUCGGCUAUGCUUCGGCUAGCGCCAUCUUAGCCCCAUUGGUGUACGGCGCCAACGCGGGAGACGUCCAGGCAGCCGCCAUCGACGCCACCGUCGCCGCCCGUGACACCGUCCGUGCCAUCGGAGAGGGACAGGCUCGCGCAGCCGAAGCCGUCAUCCAGCACAACACUGAAGCAGUACGUCAAGUCGCCGAAACCAACCGCAACCUCCACGAGAACGCUUACUGGGGCAGCGUAGCCGCUUCCCAGAACUACGUCGCCGCCGCUCAAUCCCAGGUCGCUGCCAUCGACGGAGCCGCCGCCGCCGUCCGCGCCGCACACGCUGCUGCCCCAAUUGUCGCUGCUGCACCUUUGGCGUACGCCGGUGUCGCCCCCUACGGCAUCGCCGCGCCAUACGCCGCGUACGGCGCUUACGGACACGGCCUCCGCUACUGGUAG